CGCGCUGUCACCCGGCCCUGCCCGCGCGCCGGGGGGGGGGGCGCUCUCGCGCGACGUGGCCAUAGAGACGGCGCCGGGAGACGCGGCCCUGAGGGAGCGGAGCGGAGCGGAGCGGCCCUGACGGGAGCUGCCCGCCGCCGUCCCCGCCGCCGCAGUUGUAAUAUACCUGCAUACCUCGUUUAAAUGUUCCAUCUGAACAACCAAAAUGAGGCUGAAGACUUCGCUUUUAAAGGAACCAAAACAUAAGGAAUUAGUUAGCUGCGUGGGAUGGACCACGGCUGACGAGCUAUAUUCCUGCAGUGAUGAUCACCAGAUAUUGAAAUGGAACCUUCUAACGAGUGAGACCGCUCGAGUAGUGAAACUUCCAGAUGAUACCUACCCCAUAGACCUUCACUGGCUUCCCAGGAGCGUUGGUGGGAAGAAGCAGUCCCAAGCUGAGAGCUUCGUUCUUACGAGUUCUGAUGGGAAAUUCCACUUAAUUUCAAAAGUGGGAAGAGUAGAGAAAAGCGUGGAAGCCCACAACGGAGCCGUGCUUGCAGGGAGGUGGAAUUCCGAGGGAACGGCGCUGGCUACAGUUGGUGAAGAUGGCCAAGUGAAAAUCUGGUCUAAAAGUGGAAUGCUGAGAUCCACUUUAGCUCAGCAAGGAACGCCAGUGUACUCAGUGGCCUGGGGACCUGAUUCUGAAAAGGUUCUCUAUACUUCAGGAAAGCAGCUGAUUAUUAAACCUCUCCAACCAAACGUUAAAGUUGUGCAGUGGAAGGCCCACGAUGGGAUUAUUUUAAAAACGGACUGGAACUCAGUCAAUGAUCUUAUCCUUUCUGCAGGUGAAGAUUGUAAAUAUAAGGUUUGGGACAGUUAUGGGCAUCUACUGUACAGCUCUCAGCCCCAUGAAUAUCCAAUAACGUCUGUCGCCUGGUCUGGGGAUGGAGAAUUAUUUGCUGUGGGAUCUUUCCAUACUUUACGUCUAUGUGAUAAAACUGGGUGGUCCUAUGCUUUAGAGAAGCCAAACACUGGCAGCAUAUUUAAUAUUGCGUGGUCUGUGGACGGCACUCAGCUGGCUGGAGCUUGUGGGAACGGACAUGUCAUUUUUGCCCAUGUUGUGGAGCAGCGCUGGGAGUGGAAGAACUUUGAAAUAACAUUGAUUAAGAGGAGAACCAUGCAGGUGCACAACGUUAUCAAUGAUGCGGUUGAUUUGCUGGAGUUCCGUGACAGGGUUAUUAAGGCCUCUUUGAACUAUGGGCAUUUGGUUGUUUCGACUUCUCUUCAGUGUUACGUAUUUUCCACAAAUAACUGGAAUACACCGCUUAUCUUUGACCUGAAGGAGGGAACAGUGACUUUGAUUCUACAAGCAGAAAGGCAUUUUCUUCUUGUAGAUGGUGGAGGACUUUAUUUAUAUUCCUAUGAAGGAAGAUUAAUUUCCUCUCCAAAAUUUCCAGGAAUGAGAACAGACAUUUUAAAUGCCCAGACGGUAUCUUUGAGUAAUGAUACCCUGGCAGUCAAAGACAAAGCUGAUGAAAAGGUUAUCAAUAUAUUUGAUGCUGUCUCCGGCAAGCCACUGGGAGAUGGAAAAUCUCUAACCCAUAAGACAGAAGUUGUCGAGAUUGCUUUGGACCAGAAAGGACUUACAAAUGAAAGAAAAAUAGCUUUUAUUGAUAAGAACAGAGACCUUUACAUUACUUCAGUUAAAAGGUUUGGAAAAGAACAGAAGAUUGUCAAAAUAGGAACAAUGGUUCAAACGUUGGCUUGGAACGACACAUCUAACUUACUUUGUGGGAUUCAGGACACCCGUUUUACGGUCUGGUACUACCCCAACACAGUCUAUGUAGAUAAGGAUCUUUUAACAAAAACUCUGUAUGAAAAAGAUGCAAGUGAUUUUAGCAAAAACCCUCAGAUUGUACAUUUUGUUGGAAAUCAAAUAACAAUUAGAAGAGCAGACGGAUCACUUAUUCACAUGAAUAUUUCACCUUUCCCUGUGAUUCUUCAUGAGUAUGUUAGUAGCUCUAAGUGGGAAGAUGCUGUCAGGUUGUGUCGCUUUGUCAAGGAUCAAACCAUGUGGGCAUGUUUAGCUGCUAUGGCAGUUGCUAACAAAGACAUGGCGACUGCAGAAAUUGCCUAUGCAUCAAUUGGUGAGAUUGACAAAGUUCAGUACAUCAAUUCCAUCAAAGAUCUUCCAUCAAAAGAGUCAAGGAUGGCUCAUAUUCUCUUGUUCAGUGGAAACACACAAGAAGCUGAAACCUUACUCCUUCAAACAGGCCUUAUUUAUCAAGCUAUUCAAGUCAACAUUAAUCUCUACAACUGGGAUAGGGCACUAGAGCUAGCAGUAAAGCACAAGACACAUGUUGACACCGUCCUGGCUUAUCGACAGAAGUUCCUAGAGGACUUUGGUAAAAAAGAAACAAACAAAAGAUUCUUGCAAUAUGCAGAAGGUCUGGAAGUUGACUGGAAUAAAAUCAAAGCCAAAAUAGAGAUGGAAAUUGCUAAAGAAAGAGAACGAGCAGCAGCCAGUGCCACAGUAAGAGCUAGUGUAACUGUACAGCAGUAACUGACCUCCUAUCCAUAUUAAUAAAUGCUUCUUGAGCAUUUUGUGCAGGCAUAUUUUGUCAAACAGAAGUAAAAAUCAGCAAACAUUCAGUGGGAACAGGAGCUAGAGUUGAUGCAGUUCUUGUUAGUUCUCUUUUACAUAGGAAAGUGUCUGCAUUUGUUAGAUGUUCUUUAUGAAAGCCCUUUGCAGUGCAAAGAUGUGAGCAGGUUGUUCAUAGCUGACGUUUUAUAUUAUAAAUCCUUUAAAUGCUCCCAUCAACCUGUUAAAUAUCUGUACACCUGGUGAAUUUCUCAUGUUCUGUAAGUGAUUAUAUGACACUUUUUUGCAUAGUUUAUUGAUUUCGUAAUUAAAACCAUCAAAUAAAGCGUUUUGUUUGGGA